AAUCUGAGGAAGUUAGAAGCAAGAAAGCAAAGCAAUUAAAGCAGCCAUGGCUUCCUCCGAUCUCUCCACCAUCCUUCCUCGCGUUGUCAUCGUCUCUCGCCGAUGCGUUCGGAAGAACAAGUUCGUGGAUUUUGUCGGAGAAUACCACCUGGACUUGAUCAUCCGUUACGGUGCCGUUCCAGUUAUCGUCCCCCGCGUCGCCGGUGUUCAUCUCCUCCUGGAAAGCUUUGAACCAAUCCAUGGCGUCCUGCUCUGCGAAGGGGAAGACAUCGACCCUUCCCACUACUCCUCCGAUCAAACCGAUUUCCUCUCUCCCUCCGAGCUCGACGAAAUACGCCUCACCCAUUCCUCCGACGCCACCACCGACCCUUCUAAAGACUCCAUUGAGCUUCGUCUCUCCCGCCUCUGCCUCUCUCGCGGCAUUCCCUUCCUCGGCAUUUGCCGCGGAUCUCAGAUUCUCAACAUCGCCUGCCGCGGAACUCUCUACUGUGACGUCGGAAAACAGCUGCGGCGUUUCGUCGAACAUGUUGACUACGGGAAUUACGAUGGGCACAGGCAUGCGGUGGAGGUGGUGGAAGGGACGCCGUUGAGGGAAUGGUUUGGGGAGAAGGAGAUAAUGGUGAAUAGUUAUCAUCAUCAAGGGGUUAAGAGAUUGGCGGAAAGAUUUAGGGUCAUGGCUUUGGCUAAGGAUGGAUUGGUGGAAGGAUUUUAUGAUCCGGAGGUGUUUGAUGUGGAGAAGGGGAAGUUUUUGAUGGGAUUGCAGUUUCAUCCGGAGAGGAUGAGGAAGAAUGGCUCGGAUGAGUUUGAUUAUCCGGGUUGCCCUAGGGCUUAUCAGGAGUUUGUGAAGGCAGUCAUAGCUUAUCAGAAAAAGGUUAAUGGCAAUAUAAAUCCCAAGGUUGGCAGUAGCAGUCCAAAACUGGAUCAGGAGAUGGAGGAGAAGAGGAAGGUGAUUGUUAGAAGCUUCUCCAUUGCUAAGGACUUAUACGAUGGAAGGCACGACUUGCCAAUCUCUAAGCAAUCUGAUCUGGAACCUGGAGCAGAUUUCCUUGAGUCGAACACAGCGCUAAGUGUACAGCAAGAGAAGAGACUGAAGCAGAUGGGAGCAACUGUGAGGAACUCAACUUCUUAUCUUCAGAUGCUUAAGAAGAAGCAGGAGAGGGAGACCAUGGCGAGGAACAUAAUGAGUAAAAUGUCUGUGGUUCAGCUUUCAGAGCUGCUUUCUUUCUAUAACAUGAUGGGUGUGGUUUGCACUGAAGUGUUAGAGAGGAAGAUAGCUUUUGACCAGCUGAAGAACACACCAGGAGAUGGUUUUUAUUACUGAUUCAGAUCACUUUGCAAUG